UUUUGGCAAUGUGAAGGAGUAGUGGCUGUAUCGCAUUAAAAUUGGCGCCGGAGCUUUUUUGGCCUUAGCGCCCUUUGUAAAGUCGGUAGCUGUGCACUCGUAGGACCUAUAUCGAUAGGACAUACUCGUAUUAAACCCAAAUAGUAAAAGCAGUAGCAAUUAUUGGUGCAAAACAUAAAUUACUUGCGAACGAGCCCAGAGUCUUACUGCAUCGCCUGGAUUCGGAUACUUUGAAACUGGUCGUUUAUUUUGCUGGAUCGUUGGUUCUUCAAUGAUGAUCUCUGUCUUUGUUGUUGCUUUGAUUUGAUUGGUGCCAGUUGUCAGCUGUUGCAGUUGCUGUUGUAGUUACUGUUACUGUUACAAUAAAUAUCUUGUUGUUGUCGUCAUACUAUUACUGUUACUAGAAGUUGUUGGAGUCGGUCGCCGCCGGAGCUGUUGCUGCCGCUGCUUCAGACGCUGCGUUACAGUUUGAAUAUCGGUCAAUGGUAACGGGCUUGUUAACAGGUGCAACUGCAACUGCCACCAGACAAGGAAACCAGGCAGACAGACAGCUAGAGCGAGAGAGAGAGAGAGAGAGAGAGAGAGAGAGAGAAGGAAGGAAUCAAAACAUGUCACUAAAGAAAGAAACUCCCUCGGAUGUGAUGUUGCAUCUGGCAGCGCUACGUGGAGAUGUUGUCGAGCUGCGACGGGUGCUGGACACCGGCAAAGUGCAUGUAGAUUGUAAGGAUGAGGACGGCACCACACCCCUUAUUUUGGCGGCGGCGGGUGGUCACAUCCAUUGCGUUUUGGAGCUGCUUGAACAAGGCGCGGAGCUGAAUUCACGCCGAUCCACAGGCACCACCGCACUCUUCUUUGCCGCACAGGGUGGACAUUUGGAUGUGGUUCGCAUAUUGUUGAAGGCACGCGCCAAGGUGGACACACCGUCAUUGGAUGGUGGCACGCCCCUUUUUGUGGCCGCCCAGGGCGGGCAUGUGAAGAUUAUCAGAGAGCUGUUGGAUUGUGGUGCCGAUGUGAAUGCCUGCAUGAAGGAUCGCGCUUCGGCGGCUUUUAUAGCUGCGCAGAAUGGACAUCGGACAGUGUUGUCCCUGCUUAUCCUGGCGCAUGCGUCGAUGGAUAUUAAGCGUAUCGAUGGCGCCAGUCCACUCUGGAUUGCUGCCCAAAUGGGACACGAUCACAUCUGCAAAGUGCUUCUGCAGAAUGGCGCCAAUGUGGACACCGUUCGCUGCGAUGGCGCCACUCCCCUCUUUAAGGCGGCCCACAAGGGUCACGCCUCGGUCGUUACCGUACUGCUGAAAUAUCGCCCUAAUUUGGGCAUCCUGCCCAAUGGCGAGACGGCGCUCCAUGCGGCCGCCAUGUUUGGACACAUGACCGUAUGCAAGCAACUAGUAGCCGCCGGCAGCGAUGUGCUGCUCAAGAAUCAGGACGGAUUAACGGCCAUGGAGUUGGCUCAUCAUGAGAACUACACCUCGAUAUGUGAAUAUCUUCGGGACCGUAUGCGGGCGGUCAUGGAUCGCAGUACUUCUGCUUUGGCCAAGAUGAGAUUGUCGACGUAAGGUCGCCCAGAAAUGACCAAAUAAACAAAACCCCUUCGAAGUACCUUUAUGCACAA